GAAACUGAACUAUCUAAGGAAAACAGUGUGAGCAAACACUGCGCUGAGGGGACCUUCUGAUUAGGAGACCUCCCCUCCGCCAGCCAGGCUGCACGCCUUCCCAGCAGGAAGGUGGUGGCUUGCUCCUGGAGGCCUGGGACCAGCAGCUGAAGCCAUGGCCACCACCACGUGCCAGGUGGUGGGGCUCCUCCUGUCCCUCCUGGGUCUGGCCGGCUGCAUAGCUGCCACCGGGAUGGACAUGUGGAGCACCCAGGACCUGUACGACAACCCGGUCACCUCCGUGUUCCAGUAUGAAGGGCUCUGGAGGAGCUGCGUGCAGCAGAGCUCGGGGUUCACCGAGUGCCGGCCAUACUUCACCAUCCUGGGCCUUCCAGCCAUGUUGCAAGCAGUACGAGCCCUCAUGAUCGUGGGCAUUGUUCUGGGGGUCUUCGGUAUUCUAGUAUCCAUCUUCGCCCUGAAGUGCAUUCGAAUUGGCAGCAUGGAUGAUCCUGCCAAGGCCAAGAUGACACUGACCUCAGGGAUCCUGUUCAUCAUCUCAGGAAUCUGUGCAAUUAUUGGUGUGUCCGUGUUUGCCAACAUGCUGGUUACCAACUUCUGGAUGUCCACAGCGAACAUGUACAGUGGCAUGGGUGGCAUGGUGCAGACUGUUCAGACAAGGUACACCUUCGGUGCGGCUCUGUUCGUGGGGUGGGUCGCUGGAGGCCUCACACUAAUUGGGGGAGUGAUGAUGUGCAUCGCCUGCCGUGGCCUGACACCAGAUGAAAGCAACUUCAAAGCCGUGUCUUACCAUGCCUCUGGCCAAAAUGUUGCCUACAGGCCUGGAGGCUUCAAGGCCAGCACUGGCUUUGGGUCCAACAUCAGAAACAAGAAGAUAUACGAUGGGGGUGCCCGUACAGAGGAUGAUGAACAAUCUCCUCCUUCCAAGUAUGACUAUGUGUAAUGCUCUAAGAUACCCCCCAACAUGUGCAGAAGAAACCCUACCCCAAGAAGAGCUCACUCCAAAACAAGAACUUUCUACCUUGGUCCCUUAUUGCUUCUAACUGACAGUUAGAAGUUGGUUAAGCCUUGAUUUCAUCCAUGGUGAGGUUAGACAGUCUUGGCCACGUGUCUCUGUCUCUAAAUAUUCCAUCACAAAACAGCUGAGUUAUCACUUAUGAGUUAGAAGGCACAACACUCUCUUAGCCCAAUCCUCUGCUUUUUACUAUAGACUUUUAAAUAAGAUGACAGGAUGUAACUUGACUCUGUCUAAUACUUUGAUGACUUGGACAGACUUUCCCUCCUCAUAUUUAAUAACCCUGAUGAUGAUCUAUUUCCCAGCUUGAUCCUCAAGGAAAAUUUUAAAAGGGAAAAAAAUAGAUUAAAAGGCAUUAUUUCCUACUAAUUUUGCUUUACCCACCCCCAACUUGACUAAUAAUAAUAAUAAUAAUGAACACUGAUUAAAGAAAAAGAAAUAAUAGAGGAGAGAUAGUUGAGGUCUCCCCAACAUAUCAUCUGAGACACUCACAUGGUGACUCAGUGGUUUUCAGUAGAGGCAAACCAGCCUGUUUACUUCUCUUGGCCUCUGCUAAUUUCAACAAGACCAUCCCAAAGCUUUCCACCUGAGGUCCUCCUUUUGUCAGAAGUCAAAAUUUUCCUUGGAAGAGAAAGAAGUGGAGUUUUUGGUAACCCGAGUCCUGUGUACAGUUAUAAUAAAUAGUACAUUAGCAAAAUGGUAUAUAAUAUCGCUGUAAAUUAACCUCACCCUUACAUACAGAAAAAUCUGGUGGGGGCAUGGAAAUCAUUCCUUGACAUUGUCUAUAUUGUACUCUAUAAGGUUCUGCAUAAAUCCAAACUUCAUGAAA